UCUGCCAUUGCCAUUGUGUGAGGGAGACGACGUGAAAGGAGACCAAGGGCCACGAGAUGGCUCUGCGCGGCAACCUGCCCGUGCUGCUCCUUUUGUUCGCCGCGGCGGCCACCGCGAGCGGUAAGUCGGCGAGGCUCGACCUUUUCCCAGCAGCACCGGGAGCAUCGGUAACCGCGCGGGCGAGGGGCGACCGGCGCCGGCACGCGUACAUCUCCGCCCAGCUCCCGUCGCGCCGGGGCGGAAGGCAGAGGGUUGCCGCGGAAGUGGCGUCGUCGUCCGCGGUCUCCUUGCCUAUGUCGUCGGGGGCCUACGCAGGCACAGGGCAGUACUUUGUGAAGGUCCUCGUGGGAACGCCCGCGCAGGAGUUCACGCUGGUAGCGGACACCGGCAGCGAGCUCACCUGGGUCAAAUGCGCCGGUGGCGCCUCCCCGCCGGGUCUCGUGUUCCGGCCAGAGGCCUCCAAGUCGUGGGCGCCCGUCCCGUGCUCGUCCGACACGUGCAAGUUGGACGUGCCCUUCUCCCUCGCCAACUGCUCCUCGUCGGCCAGCCCAUGCUCCUACGAUUACCGGUACAAGGAAGGAUCGGCUGGGGCGCUCGGCGUCGUGGGCACCGACUCGGCGACCAUCGCGCUGCCCGGCGGCAAGGUGGCGCAGCUGCAAGACGUGGUCCUGGGUUGCUCCUCCACGCAUGAUGGCCAGAGCUUCAAGUCAGUAGACGGCGUGCUGAGCCUGGGCAACGCCAAGAUCUCGUUCGCGUCCCGCGCCGCCGCGCGCUUCGGUGGUAGCUUCUCCUACUGCCUCGUCGACCACCUCGCCCCGCGCAACGCCACCGGGUACCUCGCCUUCGGCCCAGGGCAGGUGCCCCGGACCCCGGCGACGCAGACGAAGCUGUUCCUGGACCCCGCGAUGCCCUUCUACGGCGUGAAGGUCGACGCCGUCCACGUGGCCGGCCAGGCCCUCGACAUCCCCGCCGAGGUGUGGGACCCCAAGAGCGGCGGCGUGAUCCUCGACUCCGGCACGACCCUCACGGUCCUCGCCACCCCGGCGUACAAGGCCGUGGUCGCCGCGCUGACCAAGCUCCUGGCCGGGGUCCCCAAAGUGGACUUCCCCCCGUUCGAGCACUGCUACAACUGGACGGCACCGCGACCGGGAGCGCCGGAGAUCCCAAAGCUGGCGGUGCAGUUCACCGGGUGCGCGCGGCUGGAGCCACCGGCGAAGAGCUACGUGAUCGACGUGAAACCUGGCGUGAAGUGCAUCGGCUUGCAGGAGGGCGAGUGGCCCGGCGUGUCGGUCAUCGGCAACAUCAUGCAGCAAGAGCACCUCUGGGAAUUCGACCUCAAGAACAUGGAGGUCAGGUUCAUGCCGUCGACCUGCACCCGGUGAUCGUAAAGCUGACCUCGAUGGUUUUGUUGAUCAGAGCAUUUGAAGGGAAAUGUUUUUUCUGAACAUAAAAAAAUAGAAAACGAAAAUGAUGCUCUGCAUAAAUCAACUUUCUGCACGAGAUACAUAUUGAUAUUCUGCGCGAUUUGCUAUCCUUGCAUCGAACCUAGUACAGUACGCGCUUGACCGCAAUGUAUCGGUGUCACCCAUCAACAACUUAUAUUAUCAUACAAAGCCAUCACUACCGGAAUCCGGGUCUUUGCC